AUGGUCCGAUAUUCCAAGUUACCAUUUCGACAGCUCGUCUCGGAGUACGAGACCCACAUCACAUUCACCCCGAUGAUCCUAGCGCAAGAGUUUUGUUUAUCGGCGAAAGCGAGGGACUCGGAUUUCUCGACCAACGCCGCCGAACGAGGGAUCUUCCUCAUGCAAGAAUCUCCUCUGGUCGCCCAAUUCGGCGGUCAUGAUCCAUUCUACAUGGGCCAUGCUGCCGCAUUGAUCAAAAAGUACGUAGAUGGGAUCGAUAUCAACUGCGGAUGUCCGCAACAAUGGGCAUACAAAGAAGGCAUUGGCUCGGCCCUCCUGCGCAAGCCUGACCUGGUCCGUGAGCUGGUCCGUUCUAUCAAAGUCUCGUGUGGCGAAGAUUUCCCAGUAUCGAUCAAGAUUCGAAUAGAUGACGACUUGAGAAACACUUCUCAACUUAUCAAAACUGCGAUCCAAGCCAAUGUUUCGAUGAUCACGGUGCAUGGACGUACACGACGACAAGCGAGUUCGUAUCCGGUGAAUUUAGAGUCGAUCAAGUUUGCGAAUGAAGAGGCCCGGUCGAGUUCGCAUGGGACAAGAGUCCCGGUGGUUGCUAAUGGGGACAUCUUCUCGUUGGAUGAUGCGAGGAAGACCCGUGAGAUGUGUGGGGUGCAUGGGGUGAUGAGUGCGCGAGGAUUGCAGGAAAAUCCGGCCCUGUUUGCUGGGUAUGAUCGGAUCCCUCUUGCAGGUAUCCAACGUUUUCUGAGUCUGUCGGCCCAAAAUGGAUUCAUGUUCCCGCUGUUCCAUCGGCAUUUGGCUGAUAUGUUAGGCCCAUGGUUCUCGAGUCGAGAAGAAAAGAAGUUCUUCAACAUGUUGUCGAGUCCUCCUUCUGUCAUCGAUUUCUUAGAGGAAACUUAUAAUAUUCAACCUCUACCAUUACCUGAAAUUAUCUUUUGA